GAGCUCCUGUCAAACAGAUGCACGAACCAAACAGGUCUGAUGUUGUUUUUGAGGGAAAACAUCUCUGUAACGAAUCAGCAAAUUUAUCUGACAUGAGAGCAGUCACCACCACGUAUUUACUGUGUGUUUUUGUUGGCUCUUUAUCAGUUCUUAUCAUGUGUGGAAAUCUUCUGUUAAUAACCUCCAUUGUUUACUUCAAACAGCUUCAUACUCCGACAAACUAUCUCAUCCUCUCUCUCGCUGUAGCUGACUUGCUUGUUGGUGUUUUCAUUUUGCCAUUUAGCACAAUACUAUCUGUAAGCUCUUGUUUUUAUCUUCAAGAUGUACUGUGUAAGUUACGAGGCAGUUUUGAUAUAUUUCUGUGCACAUCUUCUAUUUUGAACUUGUGCUUUAUUUCUGUUGACAGAUACUAUGCUGUGUGUCAGCCUCUGAGGUACAAAGCUAAGAUAAAUGUCCGUGUUAUUAUGAUCAUGAUCCUGGUGAGCUGGACUGUUCCUGCUCUAAAUGGAAUUAGUGUCACAGUUUUGGGAGUGAACCAAGAACAAACCAACAAAAGGUGUGUUUUAUUUCAAAAUGUAAGCCUAAAGUUAGCAAUUACUGGAACCAUCCUGGCAUUUUACCUCCCAGCUCUCAUUAUGUCCAUGAUUUACCUAAAGAUUUUGGUGGUGGCACAGAGACAGGCACGCAGCAUUCAGAGCAGUAUCUCUCUUGGCAUAAAGCCUGGAGCAACUGUCAGUAAGAUGGAGAGAAAAGCCACCAAAACUCUGGCUAUUGUCAUGGGAAUUUUUCUCAUCUGUUGGACUCCUUACUUUCUGUGUAUGACUUUUAACCCUUUGAGUGGCUACACAAUACCAGUUGCUGUGAUUGCAGCUUUUAAAUGGCUUGGAUGGUCAAAUUCAAUGCUCAAUCCAUUUGUUUAUGCCUUCUUCUACAGCUGGUUUCGAUCAGCUUUUAGAAUGAUUAUCUCUGGGAAGAUAUUUCAAGGUGAUUUUAGUAACUGUAAGCUCUUUUGACUUAUUAUUUACAGUUCUGUUAUGUCAGUAAAGUCAUCAGUUCUUUGGCAGAUUUUCUUCUUUUCCGCUGCAAGAGAUAAAAAUGUCACUGUACUAUUCAUAAAGUACCUGUAUACAUCUUAAUGCAAAUCCUUAACAAUAUGCAUGGUAAAUAAAGGUAUGUCUGUUAUA